CGUUGGAAGAAGAAUCGGAAUUCUAAUAGUAGUGGCGGGGAGGGGAGAGGUGGACACGUCGAAAGGAUAGGAAAUUCGGGGCGGAGAGGAAACGAGGGAUCGACACCGGCGAUAAGUCUCCCGUAAGGGGGCAGGCCAAUUCCGAGCACGAUAAAUCUCACCGGUUUACCGAUCUCCAACGAUAAUUCCUUCAACUCGUGUCAGCUCGUUAACGAGAAACGUGGCGACGCCGCGAUCGGCCGCCCUACUACGUGGCCCGUGCGCGGCCACGCAGCGCACGCGAGAAUAAUGGCGAUCGGUCGGAACCAAAUCCGACACCUCGAGGGGAACGAUACGAGUCGCGGGCUCGUCGCGGCUCUCUGCGCUCUGCGUCAUCGCCCGGUUUACACCGAGAAACAUCGCGACCGGUUCUUUCGACUCGCCCCCUCUCCCUCUCAAUCUCCCUCUCUCUCUUUCCCUCUCUCUUUCUCCAGACGCAUUCAUUUCGUAUUCGCUCGCCACCAAUCUUAUUUCUAACGUAAGCCAGACGAAAACAUCGCGUCGGGUUAAUCGACGUAAUUGCUCCUUCCUCGGAGUAAUUUCGAAAGCGCGAGUCUCGCUCGUUCGGAAUAGAGAUUAAGAGCGCGUUAUCGAGGAAGGUAGGAAAUAUCGAGGAACGUUCGUCCGUUCGUUAAUUAUAAUAAGUCGUAGAUAUGUAAUUAAAUUUCGCUUAGGGAGGAGGAAAUGUCGUUAAGUGUCGAGACGAUCGUUUUGAAAAUUGUUUUGAAAUCGUCGAGGAAAAUAUUAAUAGCAUUCUGGAAAAUAUGCCACUCCCUAAGAAUGUAUAUAUAUAUAUAUACGCAUAUAUGCGCGUUAUUAUUCCUUGAUUGAUAACGGGCGCCUCGUCGUCUAGUUUUUUAUUCCUCGUUGUUCGAGAGAUUCAUUCACACGGAAACGGAGGCGAGGGCGAAAAUUGAGUUUACACUCGUACACGCACGCGCUACGUAACGUAACGUAAUCUCUCAGGAGAUGGAGAGAGGAAAAUGUCGGUCACGAUAUCUUUCGUUCGGUGGCGAAAGAUAGCCGUGCACACGGGCGAAUAAAGCUCCGUUCAAAAGAGCGUUUUGUUCUCUCCGUGUACGUGUUUAGCGCGCGGUUGCCCUCCCGGUGAAAGAGAAAACCACCGUGUACGUGCCUCUACGCGCGCCUCGGCGAGGCGCGUAAAAAUAGAGGCAGGGCCGUUUAUUCGCCGCGGACGAAACAAAGCGGCCGUUUUAGCGGACGGGUCGCCGUAAAAAUCCGAGUAAGAGAUAUUUAGACUCGCGCCGGUCCAAAUGCCGGUAUAAAAUUCUACGUGACCGAAAACCGAGCGGAAUGGAAACUUGCGAGUUUAGUUUAGUUUACUUUUUUUCCAAGCGAAACUCUGCGCUGCUUGCUCGCUCUCCACCAUUUUUUUCUCGCCAACUGCCACUCCCGCUCGCGAAAUUAUUGCCGCGGAGUUAUCUCUACGAUCGUCUCGAGAGUAAAAAACGAGAAGACGAGAAUAAGUUUACCACCACGUAUACUUUGUGGUAAUUCUCUCGAAAUUUCUGUCAUUACGUUAAUUAGAAUUAUUCGAGUUGGUCGAUCACAAGCGAUAUAUCAAAGUACAUUAAAAUAUCUUCUCGAGGAUAACUUUGACGUUACGCUUUGUAAUAAUUCGAAAUAAAAUUCUCUCGAAAUUUGUUUCUGUCAUUACGUUAAUUACAAUUAUCCGAGUCAUAAGUGGUAUACAUUAAAAUAUAUUAAAAUAUCGUCUCGAGGAUAAGUUUACACUCUGUAGUGAUAAAAUUCUCUCGAAAUUUGUUUCUGCCAUUAUUAUUAAUUAUCCUCACGCGAAUAAUACCAAACUAAUAAUAUUAAAGUAUAGUUUCGAACAGUUUGAUACGAUUUCGAAAUACGGAAAAGGGACGAGGGUAGAGUUUUUACUGAAAAAUUCAAGAGAAACAGGUUGCACAAACGAACUUGUAGCUUCGUAAAUGAAUCGACGAUUACAAUCGCAUCCGUGGCGGCAGGUGUGCGUCGAAUAAUGCGAGCGCGGGAAAACCGUCUCCGCGUCUAGAUGCCAGUGUAUUACGGUCGAGCUCCGUUCGGCUAAAAUUAGCCUCGAUGGGAACAGGAAUUAAUGCCACGAUCGGGCAAAGUUUGAAGCUUAAUAAUUCGAGCCGUACGUGUGGAUGGAACGCAACGAGACGCAUUGUACUCACUUUCCACUCGCCGGAACGCGAUGUACAGUGCGAUGCGCGUUCGAUCCGACCGCAUACGCUCUAAAAUCAUUCUUAAAAACUGUAAAUAUUUUGAACGACGGAGAGAGGAAAAAAACACACCGCAUCGGUCUCGCUCCUACCAGUCUAUAAUUCACGACCAACUGCCAUAUCUUCCUCGAACUAUAUAUAUAUAUACACACAUACACAUUUUCUUUUACUUUAUACGGCAUUUCUCACUCGUUGCAUCGAAGUUGAACUCGAGGAAUCGCAUGCUCGCGACUGGAAAAAGCGCGAAAGGGAGUCCUCGAAGAGGACGCAUCGGCGAGGAAGAGGACGAGCGUUCGGUUCGAAGAAGCGAGCGUCUGCGCGCGCGCUCGCCGCGAGAGGCGUGUGCGUGCGCGCACACGCGCGCGCUCGCAACAUCCCACGCGGGCGACACACGCGAGAGAGAGGAAAAGUAGGGAGACCGGAUCGAGUUCUCCAGGCAAAAGAGCCGCGGUACGUGGUGGCAAUGGUAGUGACGGAGAAGAGCGGUGUGGCGUGUGGUCACUAGGGCCAGCGAGGCAUCGCGGAUGCCACAUCGACUCGCGGUACCGAGCCGAGAGCAUCGCAACCGAACCGAUCCCCCGCGAUUUUCAACCCGCCUCGUUCGACGAGCGCACGCAGGGAACGCCGAGAAACAGAGAUCGCUGCUAGUGGCAGGAGAGCGGGAAGGAGAGCGUGUACACGCGUGCAAGAAAGCGAGGAACAGAGACGCAGAGAGGGACGAGUUCGCAAACGAGGCCGGUCGAAGGCUCAGUCCGGCUCCAACUGUCGCGACACGCACGCUGUACAACCGACGGUUGCCGAUUUUUCGCGCACGAGUUAUUCGCAUGAGAGAUCGGCGGUGAGAUAUCGGAGGGGAGUGGAAGUACAGGGAUAUCUGCGGGAUGACGGUGAGGGAGAAGGGCGGCGGGAGGAGCAAGGAGGUCUCGACGACCUCCACCUCGGAGGAGACGGUCGAGGUGGUAUCGUCGAGCGUGGUCGAGGAGGCGAGGCGGAUAGUGGAGAGCGAGUCGAGGAGCAGCGUGUUGGAGGUGACGAGCGCUAGCCGGGAGGUUGUCACGGACUCGAAGGGCAACGUGAUCGAGAUCGUCGAGUCGGCGCCCUCGGCGCGACGCAGCGCGGGCAAGAGUUGUCAAGAGCUGUUGGCCAGCGAACGGGCGGUCCCGCGCGACGUCGAGUCGUCCUCGAGGACGGAGACCGUCGUGGAGAGAUCGACGUCUUGCAGCAAGUCGAUCGUGGAGAGGUCCUCCUCGUCGUCGAGGGUCGGCGUGAAGGUGAACGGCGCCUCGUCCAGGGAGGCGAGCAGCAGGAGCGAGAGCAGGACGUGCGAGGAGGCGACGAGGAGCGCGAGCAGAAUUGGCGAAAGGGCGGACGACAAGGGGAGGGUGACGAGCACUCGAGGCCGCAGCGCGGGGACCACGCUCGAGGCGGCCUCCGCUCGAGUGAAAUUCGCGGAGGACGCGGGGCGGAGGGAGGAGAGGAAAGGCGGCGAGGUCGCGACGCGGUGCAACAAGCCUGGACAGUCGGCCUGGGACGGCACGUUCGUCGUGGAGAAGCCUCCGUCCCCUUCCAAGCCGCGGGAUGAAGCGAGCCGACUCGCCUCGAAAGCGUUCGACGCGGCGAGAGAGAGCUCGUCCAGCGUUGAAAUCUCCAGCGCCGAAUCUCGCCGCAGCUCGUCGUCGCUCGAGCAGCGUUCCACGACCGUGACCCGCGACUCCAAGAUCCUCGUCGAUCGUGGCCUGGAACGCGUGUCGGAGGACACGAUCGACUUCGCCGGGGAUCACAAGAGGACGAGCUCGAGCGCUCGUUACUCGAAGCCCGGCGAGUCCGCGUGGGACGGCACGUUCGUGAUCGAGAAGACGCCAGAGCCGAGGAAGAGGAACGCGCUCGAUUCCAGCGGGGUGUUCCUCGACGGGGAGAGAGCUGGGGGCCUGGAGUCCGCUCGAAGGGGCGAGGAAAGGAGCUGGGACGAAAAGAGGGGACGAGAAGAAGGGAUGCGCGAUUCCUCGAGGUUCGUAGCGGAGGAGCGGAGAAGAGCGGCGAGGCCCGGGCAGUCGAGCUGGAACGGAGAAUUCGUGUACGAGAAGCGGCGAGGGGAGGGCGAGGAUGGGAAGCCGAGGACGGUGGUGAGGAGGGGCGAGAAGCGGCACGAUUCCGACGUGGACGUGCAAGACGUGACCGAGGAGCAGAACGUGUCCACGGUUUCCGAAUCCUCCGUUUCCUCCUCGUACAUCGUGGAAUACGCGACCGCCACGGACGAGAGGAGAAAGACGGUGGAGAAGGCGAGUUCCGUGUCCGGCGCCAUUUUGGAGGAAGAUUCGGCCGAGGAGAAAAAGCCCGCUCGGUCCACGUGGGACGCUUACGAGAACGCGGCAACUCGAAAGGGGGAACCGACUUGCGGGAAACCGACCACCGACCACCGCCGCUCGACCAUCGUGAUCCGCGACGUGACGGGGGACAAUUCGAUAAACGAGGCGGAAAUUUCCACGGCCUCCUACGUGGUCGAACACUCGUCCAGCCAACAGAGCUUCACCGACGUCAGGGACUCCAGUUUAUCCUCGGUCCACGAGACGAUCGUGUACGAUGUCGCGCAACCGACUCGGCCGACCGACUCCUCGAGCAGGCCGGGAACGCCGGAGAGGGUUGGCAAGGCGACGAGAGACGUGGGAGUCGCGAAGCCCGGCUCCUCGGCCUGGGACGGGACCUUCGUCGCGGAGAGACAGGCUGGAGACAGCCCUGCGCCGAGGUCGAGCAAGCACCUCGUCACCGACGCCACGCUCGACGUGCGCGACGCCACCGAGCGAAUCUCCAAAGUUUUCAGCAAUUCCAUCGUGGUGGAGCAGUCGACCGUGCACCACAGCUACUCCGAUUCCUCGAACCUCGACUACUCGACCAGCUCCGUCGAGACCGUGAUCGUCCGCGACGGCGUCCCAGCCGCGGUGCAAAAGUCUGUUACGAUCGAGGAGGAUCUCGAGAAGAAGGCGGUGGACCGGAAAUCCUCGGCGAAGUCAUCAGCCGAGGCGGCGAAGAGCGAGAGGCCGUCCAAACCGGGCGCCUCGACGUGGGACGGCUCGUUCGUGCCCGAGAAACAGCCGGAGAAACCCGUCCACGAUCACGUUCACCCGGUUGACAAAGGGGAGGCUCCCAGGAUCUCGCCUACGGAUCUUGGAAGAUUAAGGAAGGACGAGCAGCCGACUUACGUCACCGAAAAAUCUAUCACCGUGAGGGACGCCUCGAAGGAGACUUCCGAAUUCGUCGCUUCGUCCACCACCCUCGUCUCGGAUACCUCCGAGACCCUCGAGUCGUCCAAAUAUUCCAUCGUUCGCGAGGAGCCUCCCCGAGAACCAGCCUCGAGAUCGGCCGAAAAGGUGGACAGGUCUCUGAGACCGACCAAACCGGGCGCCUCGACUUGGGAUGGCUCGUUCGUGUACGAGAAACCGCAGGAUCGAUCGAAGAAACCGAUCGAAAAGGGCCCGUUGCAGUCCCCUACGAGAGACGCGGAGGACGGAGGAAGGCCGACCUCCCCCUCACUCGGACGCGAUGCAACGAAAAUUUCGAUGGCGAAGCAGCGCGAUGCGGCCGAUAAAAAGGAGAGCACGGAUAUCGACGUGGCUCGAUCCUCUUACGUAAUCGAUCAAUCGUCCAGUUUCACCUCGGUGCAGGACGUUCGCGACGUGGUGGAGGAGCGUGUCAUCGGCGAAUUCACGAGGGACACGCGUAAGGACGUGAGAGAUGUCAUCGAGAAGUCGACGAGCGAGUUUAUCGACAGAGAGCAGGUGACUAGCAUGGUGGCGCGAGAUGUCGUCGACGACAUCAGGUACGACGGAUUCGCCACCUCCACUCCGCGCAAGGAAUCGCCGGAACGGCCCGGCUUCCCCCGCGGAAUUCCCGGGUUGCGGGAAGAGGAGAAGACAAAACCGGCCGCUGGGAAACCGAGCCGGCCACCAUCGCGACAGAGGGAACGGAGCCCCGUGGAGAGACGUGGCGACUCGAGGCCACAGUCGCCACAGGGCAAACCUCGAGACUAUGUCUCGCCGACGGGGAAGCCGACGAGAGCUGACGAGGGCCCGUCGAAGCCUGGAAGAGGAGAUCAGACGCCCGAUUCCCUCGAGGAGGACGACGCCCCCAAACUACCCGACAUAUUAUCCAAGAUCCCCCUGAAGGAGCAAUGCAUAUGCGAGCUAUGCACCUGUGGACGACACCGUUGUCCCCACAAUCUGGUCGCCCAGGAGCACCUGGAAAUUGCACGGGACGAGCCGGUCCACGCGGUCACUUCCUACCGGGAGGAAUUCGACGAGAAACGCGUGGACAGGCAGACGGUGUACCACCACGAGGACCAUCUUCGAAUGGAGGGAGAGUUCGUGGGGGAGAGGCGGACGGAUUACUCGGCGACGAGGGGCGAGAGGGCGGCGGUGAGGAAGCCGCAGGACAACCUGAGGCCGGAGGGCGAAUUCGCGGGCAGGGUGAGGGAGGAGGCGCCCAAGAAGGGGGACAGGGCGCCCAUCACCAGGCCUAGGGAUAACCUCAGGCCUGAAGGGGAAUUCGACAGCACGACCACCACGGAGCUGGUGUUCACCGGCACCCCCGGCGAACGGCCCAGCCCAAUUCGUCGCAACACUUACACCAAGGUCGAGGGGGAGUUCAUCGACUCGACCACCACGAGAUCGGAAUACGUGGAUCAUCGGAGCGUGCAACGGGCGGAGAUCGUGAAACGUACGGACAACCUCACGGUGGGAGAGGGUGAAUUCACGGGUACCUCUCGUCUCAAGGAGGAUUUCCACACGUACGACGUGGUCGAGAGAGAGCCGCGGAGGCGACUCGCGUACACCGAGGAGGAGGACCGCUUUUACGGGAAGACAGACGUGUUGGAGAGCACCACGACCACGACGCAGGAGGAGUAUCGGAGUUUCGAUCGGACCGAUUACAGAAGCACCGCCGUGAUCAGACGGGACGAUAAUUUGAAGCCGGAAGGACCGUUCGAAGGCGUGCCCCACACCAAACAAGACUACGUAGUGCCGCCCAUUACCAAGAGACCCGAGCCUCAGAAGCCCAAGGAUAAUUUGAGACCCGAAGGACCCUUCGAGGCAAGGCCUAAGGACGAUUACUCGCCGAAACGAGGCGAACGACCGGAAGUAAAGAGGCCGGAGGACAACUUGAGACCGGAAGGACCAUUCGAGGGACGUCCAAAAGAUGAUUAUAGACCAACCAGAGGGGAGAGGGCCGAUGUGAAGAAGCCUGAAGACAAUUUGAAGCCCGAAGGACCGUUCGAGGGACGUCCAAAGGACGAUUACUCGCCGAAACGAGGCGAAAGACCGGAAGUAAAGAGACCGGAGGACAAUUUGAGACCGGAAGGACCCUUCGAGGGACGUCCAAAAGAUGAUUACAAGCCAACCAGAGGGGAGAGGGCCGAUGUGAAGAAGCCUGAAGACAAUUUGAAGCCCGAAGGACCGUUCGAGGGACGUCCAAAGGACGAUUACUCGCCGAAACGAGGGGAAAGGGCGGAAGUAAAGAGACCAGAAGACAACUUGAGACCGGAAGGACCAUUCGAGGGACGUCCAAAAGAUGAUUACAAGCCAACUAGAGGGGAGAGGGCCGAUGUGAAGAAGCCUGAAGACAACUUGAGACCGGAAGGAACAUUCGAGGGAAGGCCUAAGGACGAUUACUCGCCAAAAACAGCCGAACGUCCCGAAGUGAAGAAGCCUCAGGAUAACUUGAGACCCGAAGGUCCCUUCGAAGGCCGACCAAAGGAUGAUUACAAGCCAACUAGAGGAGAGAGGGCCGAUGUGAAAAAGCCUGAAGACAAUUUGAGACCGGAAGGACCGUUCGAAGGCCGUCCAAAGGACGAUUACAAGCCAACUAGAGGGGAGAGGGCCGAUGUGAAGAAGCCUGAAGACAAUUUGAAGCCGGAAGGACCGUUCGAAGGCCGUCCAAAGGACGAUUACAAGCCAACUAGAGGGGAGAGGGCCGAUGUGAAGAAGCCUGAAGACAACUUAAGACCGGAAGGACCGUUCGAAGGCCGUCCAAAGGACGAUUAUAGACCAAUCAGGGGAGACAGAGCCGACGUGAAGAGGCCAGAAGACAAUUUAAGACCCGAAGGGCCGUUCGAAGGGCGGCCGAAAGACGACUUCAUGCCGAAAAUCGCGGAACGGCCAGAAGUAAGGAAACCACAGGACAAUUUGAAACCGGAAGGACCAUUCGAGGGAAGGCCUAAGGACGAUUACAGGCCAACUAAAGGGGAAAGGGCCGAUGUGAAGAAGCCUGAAGACAACUUGAAGCCCGAAGGACCGUUCGAGGGAAGGCCCAAGGACGAUUAUAGGCCAACUAAAGGAGAAAGGGCCGAUGUGAAGAGACCCGAAGACAAUUUGAAGCCCGAAGGACCGUUCGAGGGAAGACCAAAAGACGAUUUCAUACCGAAAAUCGCGGAACGGCCAGAAGUAAGGAAACCACAGGACAAUUUAAAACCGGAAGGACCAUUCGAGGGAAGGCCCAAGGAUGAUUACAAGCCAACCAGAGGGGAAAGAGCCGAUGUGAGGAAGCCUGAAGACAACUUGAAGCCCGAAGGACCGUUCGAGGGACGUCCAAAAGACGAUUUCUCGCCAAAAACAGCCGAACGUCCCGAGAUGAAGAAGCCUCAGGACAACUUGAAACCGGAAGGACCGUUCGAGGGAAGGCCUAAGGAAGAUUACAAGCCAACCAGAGGGGAAAGAGCCGAUGUGAGGAAGCCUGAAGACAACUUGAAGCCCGAAGGACCGUUCGAGGGACGUCCAAAAGACGAUUUUUCACCGAAACGAGGGGAAAGGGCGGAAGUAAAGAGACCAGAGGACAACUUGAGACCGGAAGGACCGUUCGAGGGCCGUCCAAAGGACGACUAUUCGCCGAAACGCGGAGAACGAGCGGAAGUUAGGAGGCCGGAGGAUAAUCUUCGUCCCGAGGGAGCGUUCGAGGCACGGCCUAAAGACGAUUACAAGCCAACCAGGGGGGAGAGGGCUGACGUGAAACGUCCAGAGGACAACUUGAAGCCUGAAGGACCCUUCGAAGGAAGACCUAAAGACGAUUUCUCGCCGAAAACAGCCGAACGUCCCGAGGUGAAGAGGCCCCAGGACAACUUGAGACCCGAGGGUCCGUUCGAGGGACGCCCAAAGGACGAUUUCACCCCGAAAACUGCCCAACGCCCGCAAGUGAAGAAGCCACGAGACAACUUGAGACCCGAGGGAGAAUUCGAAGACCGGCCUAGGAGCGAAUACACCCCUGGCGAGAAACGUACGCCGAUUAGACACCCGGACAACUUGUACCCCGAGGGGGAAUUCGAGAGACCGUUCCAUGCUCCCUACGGUCCUGGCGAGAGAGCGCCGAUCGUGCGACAUCCGGACAAUCUCUUCCCCGAAGGAGAGUUCGCGGACAGAGAACGCGUCCCGUUCACGCCUGCGGAACGCAGAACUCCUAUCAAACACGAUGACAAUAUUCGUCCCGAGGGACCGUUCCAAGCCCGACCAAAGGACGAUUACAAGCCUACGAGAGGGGAACGCGCCGACGUGAAGCGUCCAGAAGACAAUCUGAAGCCGGAAGGACCCUUCGAAGGAAGGCCUAAGGACGAUUUCUCGCCGAAAACAGCCGAGCGUCCCGAAGUGAAGAAGCCUCGGGAUAACUUGAGACCGGAAGGUCCCUUCGAGGGAAGGCCUAAAGACGAUUACAAGCCUACAAGAGGAGAAAGGGCCGACGUGAAACGUCCAGAGGAUAACCUAAAACCUGAAGGACCCUUCGAAGGAAGGCCUAAAGACGAUUACAAGCCUACAAGAGGAGAAAGGGCCGACGUGAAACGUCCAGAGGAUAACCUAAAACCUGAAGGACCCUUCGAAGGAAGGCCCAAAGACGACUUCUCGCCGAAGACAGCCGAGCGUCCAGAAGUGAAGAAGCCUCGGGAUAACUUGAGACCGGAAGGUCCCUUCGAAGGAAGACCUAAGGACGAUUACAAGCCAACUAGAGGAGAAAGGGCCGAUGUGAAGAGACCUGAAGACAACUUGAAGCCCGAAGGACCGUUCGAGGGACGUCCAAAAGACGAUUUUUCACCGAAACGAGGGGAAAGGCCAGAAGUAAAGAGACCAGAGGACAACUUGAGGCCGGAAGGACCCUUCGAAGGCCGUCCAAAGGACGACUACAAACCAACUAGAGGAGAAAGGGCCGAUGUGAAACGUCCAGAGGAUAAUCUGAAGCCGGAAGGUCCCUUCGAGGGCCGUCCAAAAGACGACUAUUCACCCAAAAGAGGAGAAAGACCAGAAGUAAAGAGACCAGAGGACAACUUGAGACCGGAAGGACCCUUCGAAGGCCGUCCAAAAGACGACUAUUCACCCAAAAGAGGAGAAAGACCAGAAGUAAAGAGACCAGAGGACAACUUGAGACCAGAAGGACCCUUCGAAGGCCGACCAAAAGAUGAUUACAAACCCACAAAAGGAGAAAGGGCCGACGUGAAACGUCCAGAGGAUAACCUAAAACCAGAAGGACCCUUCGAAGGAAGACCUAAGGAUGAUUUCUCGCCAAAAACAGCCGAACGUCCCGAAGUCAAGAAGCCUCAGGAUAACUUGAGACCCGAAGGUCCCUUCGAGGGUCGUCCAAAAGACGACUACAAACCAACUAGAGGAGAAAGGGCCGAUGUGAAACGUCCAGAGGAUAAUCUGAAGCCGGAAGGUCCCUUCGAGGGCCGUCCAAAGGACGACUACAAACCAACUAGAGGAGAAAGGGCCGAUGUGAAACGUCCAGAGGAUAAUCUGAAGCCGGAAGGUCCCUUCGAGGGCCGUCCAAAGGACGACUACAAACCAACUAGAGGAGAAAGAGCCGAUGUGAAGAGACCUGAAGACAACUUGAGACCGGAAGGACCCUUCGAGGGUCGUCCAAAGGACGAUUUCUCCCCGAAGCGAGCGGAGCGGCCCGAAGUGCGAAGGCCGGAGGACAAUCUGCGCCCCGAGGGUGAUUUCGAGAGGCCUGAGAAGCCUAUGGUUGGUCCGGCGGAAAGGCGUAGCCCGAUCAAACAUCCGGACAACCUUCGCCCCGAGGGAGAAUUCGUCGGCAAGCCGAAGGACGACUUCUCCCCUACCAAGGGCGACAGAGCCGUGGUGAAGAGGCCGGAGGACAACCUCCGCCCCGAGGGCCCCUUCGAGGCCCGCCCCAAGGACGAUUAUCGACCGGUUCGAGGCGAGCGACUCGAGAUCGUGAAGCGCAGCGACAACCUUCGAAUGGAGGGCGAUAUGGAGACUUACCGCUCGAGAGACGAGUACGCCGAGUUCCUGAUCCGCGAGAGGACCGAGGUGACCAAGUAUCGCGACAAUCUGAGGAUGGAGGGCGAGUUUAUCGACACUAGAACCAGGGACGACUUCAAGGUUGUGAGAGGGGAACGCGUGGACGUGGUCAGGCAUCCCGACAAUCUGAAACCGGAAGGUCCUUUCGAGGCGCGUCCAAAGGACGACUAUUCACCCCCGAAGAAGGUGGAGAGACCGGAAGCGAAGAGGCCGGAGGAUAAUUUGAAGCCGGAGGGAGAUUUCGUCGGCAGACCGAGGGAGGAGGCGCCGAAACACGGCGAACGUGCACCGAUCAAGAAGCCUCGAGAUAAUUUAAGACCCGAGGGUGAGUUCGAGAGGCCCGAGAGGAAACCUGUCGCCCCCGCCGAGAAGAGGACCCCUAUCAAACACGCGGAUAAUUUGAAACCGGAGGGAGAAUUCGAGAGACCGAAACCGGAAGAAUUUAAACCGGCCGAGAAACCGAUCAUGAAGAAACCUAAAGACAAUCUUUAUCCAGAAGGAGAAUUUCAAAUUCCGGAGAAGAAACCCGUCAGCCCUGCCGAAAGAAGGACUCCCAUAAAACACGAAGACAAUUUGAAACCAGAAGGCGAGUUUGAGAGACCAAAACCGGAAGAAUUUAAACCGGCCGAGAAACCGAUCGUGAAGAAACCCAAGGAUAACCUUUAUCCAGAAGGAGAAUUCCAAAUUCCGGAGAAGAAACCCGUCAGCCCUGCUGAAAGAAGAACACCGAUCAAACAUGAGGACAAUUUGAAACCGGAAGGCGAGUUUGAGAGACCAAAAGCGGAAGAAUUUAAACCGGCCGAGAAACCGAUCGUGAAGAAACCGAAAGACAAUCUUUAUCCGGAAGGAGAAUUCCAAAUUCCGGAGAAGAAACCUAUUAGUCCUGCCGAAAGAAGAACUCCCAUAAAACACGCGGAUAACUUGAAACCAGAGGGAGAAUUCGAGAGACCAAAACCGCAGGAGUUCAAACCGGCCGAGAAACCGAUCGUAAAGAAACCCAAGGACAAUCUGAAACCGGAAGGCGAUUUUGCGACUCGACCCAAGCAAGAAGCUCCACGAAAGGGCGAAAGAGCGGACGUGAAGAAACCCAAGGACAAUCUUUAUCCCGAGGGUGAAUUCGAAAUUCCCGAAAAGAAACCCGUUGGCCCAGCCGAGAGAAGAACCCCCAUAAAACACGAGGACAAUUUGAAACCAGAGGGAGAAUUCGAGAGACCACGACCUGAACAGUUCAAACCGGCCGAGAGACCUGUCGUCAAGAGACCAACGGACAAUCUUCAUCCCGAAGGAGAGUUCGAGGUCCCGGAGAAGAAACCCAUUGGCCCCGCUGAAAGAAGAACCCCCAUAAAACACGAGGACAAUUUGAAACCAGAAGGCGAAUUCGAGAGACCAAAACCGAAAGAAUUUAAACCGGCCGAGAAGCCGAUCGCGAAGAAACCCAAGGAUAAUCUUCAUCCAGAAGGAGAAUUCCAAAUUCCGGAGAAGAAACCCGUCAGCCCUGCCGAAAGAAGAACCCCCAUAAAACACGCGGAUAAUUUGAAACCAGAGGGAGAAUUCGAGAGACCAAAACCGGAGGAGUUCAAACCAGCUGAGAAACCGAUCGUGAAGAAACCGAAAGACAAUCUUUAUCCAGAAGGAGAAUUCCAAAUUCCGGAGAAGAAACCCGUCAGCCCUGCCGAAAGAAGAACACCGAUCAAACACGAGGACAAUUUGAAACCGGAGGGAGAAUUCGAGAGACCGCGACCUGAACAGUUCAAACCGGCCGAGAAGCCGAUCGUGAAGAAACCCAAGGACAAUCUUCAUCCGGAAGGAGAAUUCCAAAUUCCGGAGAAGAAACCCGUCAGCCCUGCCGAAAGAAGAACCCCCAUAAAACACGCGGAUAACUUGAAACCGGAAGGCGAGUUCGAGAGACCAAAACCAGAGGAAUUCAAACCGGCCGAGAAGCCGAUCGCGAAGAAACCCAAGGACAAUCUGAAACCCGAGGGUGAAUUCAUCGGUCGUCCGAGGGAAGAAGCGGCGACGAGGGGGGAGAGAGCGGAGGUGAGGCGGCCGGAGGACAACUUGAAGCCGGAGGGCGAGUUCGAGAGGCCGCGGCCUCGGCGGAUCGGUCCGGCCGAGAGGAGGACGCCGAUCAAGCACCCGGACAACUUGAAGCCGGAGGGUGAGUUCGUCGGGAAGCCGAGGGAGGAAGCUCCGAAGCGGGGCGAGCGAGCCGAGGCGAAGAAGCCGCGGGACAAUCUGCGCCCCGAGGGCAAGUUCGAGGCCCGCCCCAAGGACGACUUCUCCCCGACCAAGGGCGACAGAGCCGUGGUGAAGAGGCCGGAGGACAACCUCCGCCCCGAGGGCCCCUUCGAGGCCCGCCCCAAGGACGAUUAUCGACCGGUUCGAGGCGAGCGACUCGAGAUCGUGAAGCGCAGCGACAACCUUCGAAUGGAGGGCGACAUGGAGACUUACCGCUCGAGAGACGAGUACGCCGAGUUCCUGAUCCGCGAGAGGACCGAGGUGACCAAGUAUCGGGACAAUCUGAGGAUGGAGGGCGAGUUUAUCGACGCGAGAACCAGGGACGACUUCAAGGUUGUGAGAGGGGAACGCGCGGACGUGGUGCGGCCCGUCGACAACCUGAGGCCGGAAGGGGAAUUCGAGAGGGGAGAAAGCGAGAAGAGGCCCGUCUUACCUGCCGAGAAACGUUCCCCCAUCAGGCACGAGGACAACUUGAAACUGCCCGAGGGUGAGUUCGCCGCUCGUCCCAGGGAAGAAGCGCCGAGGAAGGGCGAGAGGGCCGAGACGAAGAGGCCCAGGGACAACUUGCGGCCCGAGGGAAGCUUCGACAGGCCUCAGAAGUCCCCUCCUCUCGGCCCAGCCGAGAGGAGGACGCCCAUACGCCACGAGGACAACCUUCGCACCGAGUCGCCGAUUCGAGGCAGGAAGCAGGAGGUGGAGGAGCAGGUGAUGAAAUCGAGCGCGCUUAAGGAGGAGAGGGCGGAGGUUACGGUGCGCAGGGACGACUCGAGGAGGACGGAGGAGGAGGUGGUGGAGGUGCGGCGGUCGAGGGACGACUACAAGAGCAGCGUGGCGAGAGUGGAGCGCGUGGAGGGCGAGUCGGCCAUCAGGCAUCCCGACGACCAGUUCGCGCGGACCCCCUCGAGGUUGUCGAGGAAGCCUCGCGAGUUCGAGGGGCGGGCGAGGGACGAGCCCGGGGCGAAGGCGCGGCGCCACGAGGACCAGGUGCGGAUGGAGGGGGAGGUGGAGGUGGUGCGGCGGUCGAGGGACGACUACGGCAGGGUGGCGAGGGUGGAGCGGGUGAGCGUGGCGAGGAGGCACGAGGACAACCUGAGGAUCGAGGGCGAGUUGUACGCGGACCGCAGGAACGACUACGGGGCGGAGAGGGGCGGCAGGCGGUCGCCCAUCCGCCGCGCGGACAACUUGAGGCCCGAGGGCGAGUUCGUCGGCCGCGCUCGCGAGGACUUGGCGGCGAGGGGCAGGGGGGAGAGGGCGGAGGUGGUGCGUCGGGAGGACAACCUGAAGGUGGGCGGCGGCGAGUUCCAGGACUCGACCUCGCAGAGGUCCACGUACACGGUGGUCCGGGGGGAGCGGGCGGAGAUCAGGCGGCACGAGGACAACCUGAGGGUGAGCACGGGCCACGCCAUGGAAACCAAGACGACCACGAGGGACGCGUUCUCCCUUUCGAAGAAGGAAGAUUCGCCCCCUGCGAGGACGCUGGUCGGCCGCAAGCAUCACAUGGAGUCCUCGAUCGCGUUGGGGGACGACGUCGCGUCCUCCUCCACCACCACCACCACCACCACCAGCACCAGCACCAGCACUCAGAGGAACUACAACACUUUCACGAAACGCACCGCCAAGGAGGUGGCGGCGAAGAUGAGCGGCAUGGAGUUGGAGGCGAGCCGGAGGACGGAGUCGAGGAGCGUGGAGAACGGGACGACGGUGCACGUGGCGAGGAGGAGGAGCGGCGAGAGGGUCUCGUGCGAAGGAGCGGCGGACUCGAGCCACGGUCGUGGAGGAGGUCAUCAGCAAGAAACGAGCAAGCGGGACUACGUGAACGCGCAGCACGCGGAGUCGCGGCAGACGGCGAGCAGGCAGAGGCACGAGAUUUCGAGCCAAGCCCGGUGCUACAGCUCGAGCCAGACGAGCAGCGCCGAGUUCAGGCAAGCGAUGGGUGGAUCGCAAUCGACGCAAACGGACGCAGCCUUGGUCUCCACCAAGACCAGCCACCACAGGAAGAACGUAAUCUCUUCCUCUUCCGCCGACGUGACCAACUCGGUUCUCCACAGACGCGGCGGAACCGCUUCCUCCACGGAAGCCCUUCACACGAUAUCGUCCACGGCUGCCGACCAGAAGAAGAGUAUCUCGAACCUGGCGGAGAGCGGCCAGUACAUAAGCAACUCGAGCCAGAGCAGCGACCGACGGAGCCUCACCUCGCUGCACCGCAGCGCCAAAGAGGGCAACCCGUGGGCGUCGUCCAGCUACGAGCGGCCGCAGAGGAUCGUCCGCCAGGACAAUUUGACGGUCGGUGGCAAGUUCUAUUCGCAGAGCGAGGCGCGGAGUUACGGGAAUUUCGGGAGCCAGAAGGUGGAGCGGGUGCACAGGCAGGCGAACGUGUCGCACAUCAGCUUGGGGGACGGGAGCACGGUGACGUCGAGCAUGUACAGGAAGGAGUACGCGCCGAGGCACAAGGGUCCCUGUCCAGCGGCCCUCAUCGAGGCGAAGCAAGCGCCGUUCAAGCACACCAGGGACACGCCCAAGCACAAGUUCUACAUGCCGGUCGUCUCUAAUUAAAAUUUCCAACGAGGACAAUUUCCCUUCUCGUGUUUUCCUUCGCAAUUUUACUUCGCCAAUGAUACUUUUAAUUCUCCCUCUAUUUUUUCGAUAUUCCAAAUCUCGAUGCAUUGUCUCGUGGACAACGCUGGAGUCGGAAUCGCUAAGCUAAAAAUUGCGGGCUGUGUUAUCGUUCGAUCGCUUGCAUAGGCGCGAUCCUUGAACCAAUCAUCGAUGUACCGAUUUUACACGAGUUAAACGUAUAUACACGCAAUCGUACGCGCAUACAUUCGUACGAUGCCGAUAUAUUUUUAUCCUCGAAGGGAAUAACGGGAACGAGACGUUAAAAGGGCGUCUCCUCGAUAUAUAUAUAUAUAUAUACGUAUAUAUAUAUAUCGAUCGAUAUGGCGAACGAUAUUCGGGAAGCGGAUGAAGUUUUAAAAAAGAUUUGUUUUCACUUUUAAGCAACGUGUAUUACAAAGCAAUAACUAGAGCUUAAAUCCGUGAUAAGGGCGAAUCUGAUCGUGAAGUUAGAUUCGACCGAUAAUUAGAAUAGAUGCGGUCCUCCCGCGUAGCGGCCCCCCUUUUUUCGUCAGCUUCGAUCGUUAUUAUUAUUAUUAUUAUUAUUAUUAUUAUUAUUAUACGUUUAAUCGUUCUUUUUUUCUCUCCUUAACACCUUGCGAUUUAUAUCAAUUAUUAUUAAUCCUAUAUUUCGUUAUAAGCGAUUUCCCCUCCCCCAGCAAGGAGAGGGAGAUUUCUUGCGUUUUCAUCCGAACGAAUUAAUCUUAUACUUUUGUUUUGUUCUUGCUCUCUCUCUCUCUCUCUCUUCUUCUUCUUCCUUCCCUUGCCGAUAUUUUUACUUUGAUCCGAGGUCACAUGUGCGUUCUCGAUCAUAAUAAAAAUACGUUUUGCAAUUAAUUCUUCUGGUUUUUUUGCGUCUUUCUUCUCCCGAACAAUCACGUUUCUUUUUCUUUCUUUCUUUCUUUCUUUUCUCCUCCUCCUCCAUCCUGUAUGUACAUUUAGUUUCUCCUUCUUUACGGUUUUUGGAUCGACGUAUAUCGUCGCGAGUUUUCCAGGUUUUCUUCGUUCGUUUUAAUCGCCGGACCAAGAGCUGUUCGCGAGAAACGUGAACAAACGGAGCUCCAUGGCCUCGAGUCACUUUCUCUGUCUUUCCCCUUUUACAUCGUCUCUUCUCUCUUUUAUUAAUCUUCGCUUCAGUUGGAUUAUUAUUCCUCAUUUUCUUUCCUCCUUUUACUUUUUUUUUUCUUACUUAACUAAAGGAUAAAAACGACUCGAAUAUGUAUACUGGAUUCUACAUAUCGUCGAGAGUAAGGAGAGGAUGGCGAUAUUUGUGGUAGAAGAAAAAAAAAAAAAAGAAAGGAAAGAAAAAAAAAAGAAAAGAAAAGAAAAUCGCAUCCUACACAUCCGUCAAAUUCGAUGAAUCGUAUCGAUUCGAAGCGAAGAAGAAGAAAAGUAGAGAGAGAGAGAGAGAGAGAGAGAGGGAAGAAAAAAAGGAAGGAAAAUAAGGGGAAACGUUGGGGUAAAUAUCGUUGCCCGUGCAACGAUUUACAAUUAUGUACGUAUGAUCGUGUCCAACGACUCGUUACAAUAAAGAGAUUAUUUUGCGUUA